AUGGCUACCUCGCGGAAUCCACCAUGGGGAGGCGUAUAUGGUCUGGCCGGGCAGCAGUCCGUUGGGUCCAUCCAGGAUAUCUACUCCUGUUCCGACGCCCAUUCCGGUAUGCUGGAGGUCUACACUUCGGAGUAUCGGGGCAACCUGAUCUUUGCUCUCGAAUGCACCGAUGAAGCCAUUAUUGGUCCAGAACAGGUCGUCAAGAAGCAGUACCUCCAUGUUCUGCUCAAGGGCGCGUCGCCGACUGUCGUCCUCCUCCCCCCUGGCGAGGAUGCUCUCGAAGUCCUCAAAGCGCUGCCAACAACCUCGUGGGAGAAGGGUUCGCCACCUCACCGGCUUAUCGUCGGUCAAGACCGCGCUGGCCAGGUUCUCUUCCGGCUCGAGACUAGCAGCGCGCUCAUCGACGCCAUGUCGGUGCCCAUCCUCCUGAACGACCUCGCCCUAGCCCUGCGCGGCCAGCUCCCCCCAGACGUCGCCACCCCGUAUAGCGAGUACUUGGCGUGUCUGCAGACCUGGCCCAAGGAGGAGACGGUUGAGUACUGGAAGGGCGCCCUGGCCGGGGCUCACCCAUGCAGGCUGCCCCGACGACCCAGUGCUGAGGAGGCGGGCUCACACCUCGCUCCCUUAUCGCUCACUUCCCAAGCCUAUGAAUCCCUCGCGUGGGCGCUGGUCCUGCAGCAUUACACCCAGUCCGCGGACGUCUGCUUCGGCAGCAUUGUCUCGGGUCGUGACAUCCCCCUGCCGCACAUCUGGCAGAUGGUGGGCCCGUUUUUCAACAUCCUUCCGUGCCGAAUGGUGCUGGAUGGCGACGUUGACGACGGCGCACCACGCACCGUCCUGGACGUGCUGCGCGCAAACCAGAUGAGCAUCCAGCGGCGCAACGACGACCACCACUACUCGGUCCCCGAGGUUGUUCGCCAAGCUGGGCUCGCGAUCCACGGGGACCAGCAGCUAUUCAACACCGUGCUGACGGUGCAGCCGCAAUUCGAACCUUCCACGUCUGCCACAGGGAUUGGUUUCAUUUUGCUGGAGAUUGAUGAUGCUACCGAGUACGAUAUGUGCCUGGCCGCGGUCCUGUCGCCAGGCUGCAUCGAGCUGGAACCGGGAUACUGGUCCUCUACCUGCUUGGACGCAUACGUCUCGGAGAUUCUAGAUCGGUUCUGUGGGGCGGUUGGGUGGAUUGUGGACCAUCCAGGGGAUGCCAUCACUGCCGUCGCGUUUUAA